CUUAAAAGGAAAGGGUGCGCGAUAGGUGUGGCUGCAAGAAAUUUUCCUAAGGUUUUAAAGUUCAACGAGCAGAGAAAAAUAUACUAUAAUAAUGGCAACUAGUCCGAAGCCCGUUAAGAAAGUGCCUAUUCACUUGCAAAGUGCUCAAAAUCGAGUUUAUAUCAAAAACGGCGAAAUUGUCAAUCAUGAUAAAUCGUUUAAGGCAGACGUUUACAUUGAGGAUGGCAUAAUUAAGUUUGUGGGUUCUGCGGCGGAUAUAACAAUACCUGGGGGAGUCCGCACCAUUGACGCGGCCGGAAAAUUGAUUAUUCCCGGGGGCAUUGACCCACAUACACAACUGCAGAGUCCUGCGCGCGACGCCGUAUCCGUUGCCGAUGACUUUUACAACGGCACCAAGGCAGCAGUGGCUGGUGGCACAACAAUGAUAAUUGACUGUGUGCUGCCUAACAAGCAUGAGUCAAUGGUGGAGGCCUAUGACGAGUGGCGCAGCAAGGCGGAUCCCAAAGCCUGUUGUGACUAUGCACUGCACUUGGGCAUCACCUGGUGGUCAAAAUCCGUUUACGAGGAGAUUGGCAUAUGCUGCAAGGAGCUGGGAAUUAACUCGUUCAAAAUGUUUAUGGCCAACAAAGGUGUCUAUAUGCUAAGCGAUGCGGAACUGCUGGAUGUGUUUGAGCGCAUAAGAGGCUUAAAUGGAGUGGCCAUGAUACAUGCUGAGAAUGGCGAUAUUAUUGCCAAAAACACGCAUCGCCUGUUGGCCGAGGGUAUCAGCGGUCCCGAGGGGCAUGAGCUAUCGCGCCAAGAAGAGGUUGAGGCGGAGGCUGUCCAUCGCGCUUGCAUCUUGGCGCAUCAGAUGAAGACGCCGCUGUAUGUUACCAGCUUAACUAGCAAAUCCUCUGCAGAACUUGUGGGACGUGCUCGUCGCAGCGGAUAUUGUGUGUUUGGUGAGACACUGGCAAGUUCUCUUGGCCGUAGCAUGAGCAGCGUACGCAAGCCGGAACGCAUUUACUAUAUAACUAGCCCACCAAUACGUGAGUCUGCUGAAACUCCCAGACAACUAAUGAAAUCCCUAGCCUACGAUGAUCUGCAGGUAACUGGCAGCGACAAUCGUACCUUUAAUAAGCAACAAAAGGACCUGGGUGUUGGCAACUUUACUAAAAUACCAAAUGGCGUUAAUGGUGCUGAGGAUCGCAUGUCCUUGGUUUGGGAGAAAGGCGUACAUCAGGGUUUACUCGAUCCCUGUAGAUUUGUGGCUGUUACAAGCACAAAUGCUGCUAAAAUAUUUAACAUUUACCCACAAAAGGGACGUAUUGCUGUUGGCUCCGAUGCGGACAUUGUUAUUUGGAAUCCGCAAGCCACACGCACCAUCUCAAAGGAGUCGCACCAUCAUGCUUGCGAUUUUAAUAUCUUUGAGGGCAUGACUGUGCAUGGUGUGCCAGAAUAUGUGUUGGUGCGUGGACGUAUUUGUGCUGAAAAUGGCGUUGUACGUGUAGCCGAGGGCUUUGGACGCUUUAUACCCAUGCAAGUUCGACCUCCUUUUGUUUAUGACAUCAUCGAGGGUAAAGUGCAGAAGACACUUGAGGAGCCGCAUGAGGAAAUUCAUAAUGGAAAUUUGGCUAAAAAGUUGGCUGAGCUAGAUAUUCAAAUACCACCACAUGAGCCAAUAAUGCUUGCUGGUAAUUUACCGAUGCCUGCAGAGGGUUCAAUAUGCAGCACACCUUCCGUGCGUGGUCGUGUUGAUGGCAAACGCGAUAUGCAAGAAUCAUCCUUUUCGAUUAGUGAGGAAUUGGAUAGAUCAGGAGUACGUGCUUGCAUUAAGGUAAAGAAUCCACCUGGCGGAAAAUCAUCUGGUUUUUGGUAAAUAGCGUUAACAGCUAAAUAAACAUGUGUUGCAUUUGCACAAAGUGGGCUCCCAUCAGUCAGAAUCAUCGCUCAUCACACACACAGACACAGACACACAUAUAAUAUUUACUAUUUAUAUAUAUUUAUACAAGUGUAAUCUUAAAAGUUUCAUGUCAUGAUUUAAUAAUGCAACAUUGCAUUCUCUUGUAGCCUAUUUCACAAAGACAAUUAGUAAUAUUAUAAUUUACAAUUGAGAAUUCAUUGCUCAUCGCUUAGUUGAGAAUUUAUAGAACAAUUUCAAGUCGUGCAGCUUACGGACCAAUUAAAACAAUUACAAUUUGUUUGUUAUGUUGUAGUUCAUGCACUCUUUAUUCAAAAUAUAUGACAAACUAAUGAAACGAAUGGGCUUU